AUGGUCCUAGCUAUUGGCGGUCUGAAUGCGAAUGAUUCGGUAGGAAUAUUUCAGGCAGAAGAACUUCACACACAAGCUUUGUCAAUGCUCAGUUGUGUAUUGGAGGAGGUAUCAUUACGAUCGGUACAAUGCGUCAUAUUGCUCACCAUAUUCUACGGACUCAAAGUCAUGCCUACGAAAGCGCAAGAAUACCUUUCGAUAGGCUCCAUCAAAAUGCAAAACCUGAUGGAGAUACGACCGGUCAACAAGACAGUGGAUGAAUCAGGAGACCUAAUUUAUGAUCUAGAAGAAUACGAAACACGGGCGUUUUGGGCCUUAUUCAUAUUAGAAAGUGAAUAUGCCGGUACGCUACAUUUUGCCAAAACAGGAUUGUCUUCCUAUGCGAGCAACAUGAGAUUUCCCUCCCUCAGAGAAGAGCCGUAUCAUUGGCAAGGAUCUCCAGAAUCAGAAUCAUCUGGCAUUGAUGAGCCAGACCCUCACUUCCUGGCGGAAAUAGGGGUGAGAAAGAUAAUCGACAGGACAUGCUACACGUUCAACAACUCAGAUUCGCCCACUACUAAUCGCACACCGUUUGCGCCCAUUGUUGCAAAAGAAUUGCAAUCUCAGCUCGACGAAUGGUAUCUUUGUUUGCCAGAUUCCAUCAAAUUUGACAAGUCGAAAUGGCCAGCGACCAACACAAGACACAGCACUCGAGCACUCAUCAGAGCACAAUAUUUCGCCACGGUCAUACUGAUGUAUUGGCCGUGUAUUAUGGAAAUAAUCAUGACUGGGGAGUGCCAGACUCAGGAGCACCGAGAUGCAUUUAAAACAGCCAUUGACUCAUACAUCCAACUAGUCUUGUGUGGAACAAGUGUUCGACUUUCAGAGUUGCCAACGGCAUGGCCCCAUGCUAUAAGCAUAUUUGCCAUGUCAGCAACAAUUAUGCGCAUGACUCAGAGGACUACGCUCGCUUACGACAAACCCGAUGAACUGGAAUCUAGUAUUCAACAUGCUUUUGCUUUUCUUGAAUCAAUGAUUCAGUGCAGUCCUAGCAUUAGGUACUUCACAAUGAUCUUACAUGACUUGCACGAUUCUCGAAGUCACUCGAAUUAG